AUGAGCGUGAUAAUUGCCAGAUUUGCACAGAAGCUCUCAGAAACCCCCCAGAGCUCUCAAAACCCACGGAAUCUCUCAGAAACACUCAGAAGCUCUCUCAGAAGAUCUCAGAAACUCUCAGCAACACCCAAAAGCUUUCAGAAGCACUCAGAAGCUCUCAGAAGCCCUUAUAAACCAUCAGAAACCAUCGAACCUCAGAAACCUCAGAAACCCUCUAAAGUCCUCAAGAGUCCUAGAAGCCCACAGAAACCCGCUCUCAGUAGCUCUCAGAAAUCUUCAGAAGACCUUAGACUCCCCCUAAGCUCUCGGAAAGAGCUAUUACUCCAGUUUCCAGGACUCCUCAAUGAACAUCCUCCAGUCUACGUCUUCAUAACUGGAAUGCUCUUCAUCCUUAAUGUCACAAAGAGAAAAAAUAUUCCUCGGGUUUUCUCUCCUCUUACUUACCUCAGCCAGUGUCCAGGUCACCUCAGCCAGUGUCCAGGUCACCUCAGCCAGUGGCCAGGUCACUACAGCCAGUGUCCAGGUCACCUCAGCUAUUGUCCAGGUCUCCUCAGCCAGUGUCCAGGUCACCUCAGCCCAUUUAUCCAGGUCUCCUCAGCGGUGCUGGUCUCACCUCAGCUGAUGUUCAGGUCUCAGCCAGUCAUCCAAAAUUCACCUCAGCUAUUAUUCCGAUCUCCUCAGCCAGUGUCCAUGUCACCUCAGCCAGUGUCCAGGUCACCUCAGCUAUUGUCCAGGUCUCCUCAGCCAGUGCCCAGGUCUCCUCAGCCAGUGCCCAGGUCUCCUCAGCCAGUGCCCAGUACCUCCUGCAAACCUCCACAACCUCUUGCCAACCUCCAGGUACCUCCUCCACCUCCAGUACCUCCUGCCGACCUCCACAACCUCUUGCCAACCUCAGUACCUCCUGCACCCUCAGUACCUCCUGCCAGAGCCUCCCCAACCCCUCUUCCUCAGUACCUCCUGCCAACCUCAGUACCUCCUGCCACCCUCCCCGUCUCUUGCCACCCUCCAGUACCUCCUGCCAACCUCCAGUACCUCACCCCGACCUCCACAACCUGCCCAGCCUCCAGUACCUCCUGCACCAACCUCCAGUACCUCCUGCCGACCUCCCACAACCUCUUGCCAACCUCCAGUACCUUCUGCCACCCUCAGUACCUCCUGCCGACCUCCCACAACCUCUUGCCAACCUCCAGUACCUCUGCCAACCUCAGUGCCUCCUGCCACCCUCCACAAUCUCUUGCACCAACCUCAGUACCUCUUACCCACCCUCAGUACCUCCUGCAGCUCCCACAACCUCUUGCCAACCUCAGUACCUCUGCCACCCUCCAGGCACCUCCUGCCGACCUCCACAACCUCUUGCCACCCUCCAGUACCUCCUGCCACUCUCCACAAUCUCUUGCCAACCUCCAGUACCUCCUGCCACCCUCCAGUACCUCCUGCCGACCUCCACAACCUCUUGCCAACCUCCAGUACCUCCUGCCACCCUCCAGUACCUCCUGCCGACCUCCACAACCUCUUGCCAACCUCCAGUACCUCCUGUCGACCUCCACUACCUCCCGCCACCCUCCACAACCUCCUGUAAGAUCCGACUCAGGUGUGAAAGAUUAA